GGUGCACGUGAACCGAGAUUAUAGAAAAAGGAAUUUGGUGAUGGAUACUGGACAAAUAAUGUGAUAGUUGCAUGCUGAAGGCUCCAUAAGUAAUGUAUUGGAGACGCGCGGCGUCUCCUAUCUUACUUUGAUUGUGACACGUUAGCAGUGACCAGUCCUCCUAUAGAAAAAAUGUCCGAUAUCAUACGAGAUGACACAUUUUAUUACUGCGAAGAAAAGAAUUUGCGUGGCGUUGCAUGUAAAGCUACUUUGUCACAUUCCACCCUGACAAUCACUGAAGCAGAAAAUGGGAACAAACAACGCACAGUUAAUGUAGACGAUAUGAUUGGAUGUCUUUGUAUGAGGAACCAAGAUCACGAAAAUCAACUAAGUCAAGAGCAAGAUACAAUUAGUGUGUUUCUUUGUGUGUAUUAUUAUAGCCUUUCAAAAAAUUUCAAAAAAAGCCCUUAUAGAAAAAGAGAAACAGCCCUACUAAGGUGUCAAAAGUAUUCAUCAUUUGUUGAAAACUGUGAUUAUGUGGCAAAGUGGCAGUCAUCAUUAUAUUUACUAAUCCACAGCAAUGAAAUUUACCCCCACAUGCCUUCUACGGAUCCUAUCACAAUUGAUUCACAAAGAUUGCUAAUAUUUGUAAAUCCAAACAGUGGCCCAGGAGUUGCUCUGAAAACAUUUAACACAAGAAUUAGAUCUUUUCUAGGAGAAGCUAAUAUUUCUUAUGAUUUGAUCGUCACCUCCCAUGUUGGCCACUGCCAAAAAAUUGUUCAAGAUUCUAGGGAUUUAGCUAAAUACACAGGGCUAGUUGCAGUAUCUGGAGAUGGCCUUCUAUAUGAAAUUUACAAUGGCUUGUUUGCUAGAGAAGAUUGGGAUAGCAUUUGCCGAAUUCCUGUUGGGGCGAUUCCUCAAGGAUCAGGCAACGGGCUGGCUCGUUCCCUGGCGCACUUUAAAAAUGAACCCUAUCUGUAUGAUCCUUUGGUGGUCAGUGUUCUCAAUGUUGUAAAAUUAAAAAGCCGAGAAAUGGAUCUUUGCCUUGUGAACACAACAAAAUUCCCUAAACUAAUAAGUUUUCUCAGCGUUGGAUGGGGUCUAAUGGCAGAUAUAGAUAUUGAAUCUGAACGUCUUAGAAUGAUUGGGGAAGCACGUUUUACUGUAGGAGCGUUGGCCAGAAUAAUGCGACUAAGAACAUACAAAGCCACAGUAUCUUACUUACCAGCCGUUGGUGGUGUACCAGAUGAAGAAAUUUCUCCAUUACCACCGCUUGACGAACCAUUGCCUGACCAGAAGUGGAUCAGUCUGACAGGGGAGUUCAUCUGCGUUUAUUCUUCUUUGGUUCCCUUCAUUGGAACCGACUUGUUUUUUGCACCAAAAGCCUUGUUAGAUGACGGAAUAAUUUGGUUGAUGAUUGUCAAAGCUCCUGCGUCCAAAUUACAAGUAACCCAGCUGCUUCUAAGUAUGGACAAAGGCAACCAUAUUCAACUACCUUGGGUAACAUUUGUGCCUGUCACAGCCUUUCGACUAGUUCCGGAUGUGAGCGUUGGUCCUCAAUCCUACCUAGUAGUUGAUGGUGAGAAAUUGGACACCCAAGCAAUGCAAGCGCAAAUAAUGCCACGCAAAGGGCGCGUGUUUAUGCGUUAACAUUUAUUGGUAAUAUUCUUGUCACAUUCUAUAUAAACGCGGAUAUACUACAAUUCCUAUACGUCGUCCCGCUCUACCACGAAACUUACAGUAUCUUUCCACGUGAAAAUUCCACAAAUGUUAUGUAGAACUUAAAACCGCGAAGCCAUUGGGUUGUAGAUUUAUGCUUACCAAUCUUUAUAUUUCUGUUGAGGAAAAUUCAGAUUUUUACAUGGUGUAGCGUCGCUUACGUUGAAUAGUAGCCUACCGACCCCACUUAUACAUUUAUGUACCAUUCAACUUGGCCAAUUUAAAAGACGUUUUGUUUUCUAGAAGUUGUAUUGAUAUCUGUAUCGUAUUACCUGAUAUUUUCCCCAAAUCUUCUGUUCUACUUUUGCAAUCUAUCCUAAACAGAGUGAAGUGAUGCAACACUUUUUGGUCAGUUUAGGUUUCAGAAAAUUACAAAAGAAUGGUAAUAAAACAAAAUGCUAGUUUUUCCUAGUAAAUCUAUUGUAACCCAACAUUCCUAGUAAUGAUUAAAAAGCUUUAAGUAAGAAAAAUCCGUAGAUAUUUUUGAUUGAGGUGGAAUUAACAGUGAAUAAAUUGUGCAAAACGUUAAA